AUUUUGCCAGUUUAUUCUUACAUUCGGUGCGGUUCGGUUCGGUCUUCUCCUGGUCUCCUCUGGAAGUGUAGUGUAGUGUGCGCGCAAGUGGAUUAAGUGGCACUCAAUUACCGAUAUAUCCAGCCGGAGUUCACCCAGGGGGGUUUGCGUAUCGCGUGGAAACAGCUCCUCGGUCAGGAUUAAAAUGAGCAUGUGCAUCGGAAGAUUACUCAUCAGCCAGUGAUAGUCGGUCGUUCAUUGACUACAAGUCACAGUGAAAACAUGGAGAGGCGUAAAUAUUGGUUAGUGUUUCUAGUAUUAGCUGCGAGCUGCAUCGGCGGGAUCAGUUCGGAGAAAAGAAAUCCAUUGAAAGAUCCCCGAAUAUGUGGGCGGCCACAAUGUCAGGAAUCAAACAACAAAUUCAAAUACCAGCGGAACCGCUUGUACAAGUAUGACUACAAAAUGUACGUCAAAAGCGAGUUCUCCGGCAGCGGCGAGAACUCGUCCGAGGUGCACAUGGUGGCCGCGGUUGAGAUCGACUUCCCGAAGCCCUGCCAGGGCGUGAUGAAACUGUACUCGAUCGAGGUUCGGGACCGCCCGGUGGUGGAAACGGACGAGCAGGACUUUGAGUACGGUGCGGACUAUGUCGAGCCGGCACCGGAAGUUGAGUUGCACCCGAAGAGUGACGUGAUUGCGGAUGAGUUGAUGCGGUUCGAGCUGCGGUUUGCGUUUCACGAUGGUACCGUGAGUGAGAUUUGCCACGAGGAGGACGAACCGGUGUGGACGUUGAACUUGAAGCGUGGUAUUCUGUCGUCGUUCCAAAACACGAUGCCAAGGUUCGAUAUUGACUAUCAUGCGGUGGAGACUGACGUGUCCGGGGUUUGUGACGUGACGUACACCAUGAGUGGAACCAAGGAGACAAGUUUGCUGAUUCGAAAGACGAAGGACAUUGCGUCGUGCAAGAAGCGGUACAAGACGAACUCGUUGAUUCAGACCGUGCCGUACGAGUUUAGACCGAAUUACGUUGCCUGGCCAGUUCUGAACUCCACGAGCUACUGCAAUAUUUCAGUUGAUAACUUCAUCUACAAGGAAACGAUCUGCUACGAACGUCACCAGUUGGUACCGUUUUCGAAUAAUCAAGCCGGAGCGGUAACGGAAUCGUACAGCAAGCUCACGCUGGCCGACGAAGAAUCGUACACGCCGGAAGAACACAGCGCGGAUGAAACGUACGAGAUUCAGAAGCGAUCGACGCUCAUCUUCGAUCACACUCCGUCGGUGCGGGACAGUCACGACGAGAUUAAGGCUUCACGGGAACUGCUUAAAGAUCUGUGCCGGUUGGGUUUCCCCGAUAUCCAGCGUAACUUUCCGGACGUGUUUCUGAACUUCCUGUCGACUACGAGGGCCCUUUCGUUUACCGCUUUGUCUCAGUUGCUGUAUCGAUCGAAAAGUAUUUGCGAGAAUGGAAAAAACCACGUGCUCGAAAGUCUGCCCUACAUCGGUAGUCCAGCAUCGGUGAUCCUCAUGAAGGAUCAAAUUGUGAAGAAUCAAAUCCCAACUGAUUUGGCCAACCAGUGGAUGGAAUCAUUUGCGUAUCUUACAAGACCAAACGAGGAAGUUCUGGAGGCCAUGCUGGAGCUGAUAGAGCAUGGUAAGAGUAUCAACGAGAAGAAUUACAUUCUGGCGGCUACCUCGGUAGUGCACACGUUCUGCACGCUGCACUCUGAGUGUACGCACAACGAGAACGUUCAAGCUAUCGUGCAAACACUGGAGAAGGACAUUCUCGAAGCACUCGAGGGAUCGUCUGUCAAGUCUCGAAAGCAACGCGAGGCCACAAUUGUGCUGCUCAAGGGUUUGGGGAACAUCGGAGUCAUAAACGUGGAGUUCUACCACGAGCUGCGGGAGAUCAUUCAAAAUGGCGCACUGCCGAUGGAAAUUCGACUGCAAGCUAUCUACGCCUUCCGCAGGCAUGACUGUGCGAGGACGAGGGAUUACUUUUUGAAGAUUUACUCGAACUUUGAGGUCGACUCGGAAAUCCGCAUCGGCGCGUAUCGACAGGCCAUGCGGUGUCCGGAUUACCUCUCGAUCAAGCUGAUCAAGCACGUGCUCAAAAUAGAGGAACUCAACCAGGUCGGAUCGUACGUUUGGUCUCACCUGAGCAAUCUCGCCAGUAGUGCUUCGCCGGUGCGCGUUGAAGCCCAAGGUUUGUUAGCGGACAACGAUCUGGGGAAGAAGUUCCGCAUGGACAUUCGGAAAUUUUCCCGCAACUACGAGCAGACACUUUUCUUUGACGAGUACAACUUUGGCAUGACCACCGAUGCGGACUUGAUCUUCAGUACGCAGUCCUACUUGCCGAGAACGGCUUCGCUGAACUUGACAGCGGACCUGUUUGGCGAGUCGGUGAACUUCCUAGAGCUGAACGCUCGAGCGGAAGGGUUUGAAGACUUGGUUGAGUCGAUAUUCGGUCCGACAGGUCCACUGAAUGCUAAGAAGGUUAAGGAGUACACUUCCGCCGUAACUUCGCUGUUUACUUCGUCUUCGGAGGAGGAAGAGCAGACUGGGUACGACCCAACGGCACAGUUUCGAUUGAAGCGGGAGUCGGACGCAAGCGAAGAUUAUGACUUUGAAGAGGAUGAAUCAAAACCGAGAGCUAAACGAGAAGAUGGCCGUACUCCAGCAGUCAUUACGAGAGAUCUGCACGAUCGGAUAGAUAAGUUGGGUUACGCUAUGAAAGCUGACUUCAGGGAUCCUCACGCAUCGGUUGGGGUGAAGAUCUUCGGGAACGAUUUGCGGUACUACACGAUUGAAGGAUUCGCCGAGACCAUGAAGGCCGCUGAGAAGAUCAAUCCUAUCAACUUCCUGAGACGCAUACUGUCGGGUAAGGAAGUAUCGUAUACGAAAUCGGGAGUGUUUUUGGAUACCUCAUACGAUGUCCCGUUGAGCACGGGAAUUCCGCUUGCAUUAAGUAUCAUUGGAGCUUCUUCGGUGGACCUUCGAAUGUCAGGUUCGUUCAAGGCAGUUGACAUUUGGGAGGCGACUCGUCACAUUGACGUGGAUGGCAAGAUCAAACCUAGCGUUUCCGUAGACAUCACGGCCAUAAUGAAGGCGGAUUUCAUCCACGCUGCGGCGGGAAUCAAGCUGAAGAGCAAUCUGUAUUCUAGUUCUGCUCUUGAGACAAAGAUUAAGAUUCGUGGCGAUCGGUUGGCUUCGUUCCAGUUCAGUUUGCCUCAGGAUCGAAACGAGAUUUUCAGCGCCCGGUCGGAGAUGUUGGUGUUUGACGACACCAGAGAGAUUCCCCAGAAGGGUAUCGAACGGCGUUACACAAACUCCACGUGUACUUGGCCAGCGAUCGAUAGGGCAAUUGGGCUCAAGUUCUGUGCCGAUUACAGUUUACCAGAUGUGAGCAAUAAUUCUCAGGUACCGAGUUUGAUUCUCAGUGGUCCGGUGAUCUUGGACAUCAGCCUUCAAAAGGCAGAUCCAACUGCCAAGAUCUUCCUGUUCCAAUACAACUGGGAAAAGCAGCAAAAUGUGUCGACAGGAUCAGUCAUCUUUGAAACGCCAAAUUCUCAAAUUCCACGCAUUUUUAUAGCGAACAUCACAGCUGAUUUGGAAGGAUACCACGUGUCCAUGGGCUUCCGCAACGGAGAUAUCUCCCACUCGGCCGUCGGACUGUACAAGAAUAACAAAGAUCAACGACGGUUGGAUAUGUCCCUGAACGUUAACGAUCGGAAAUACUUAGCCCUGGAGAUGGGCUACAACAAAACGGAGAUCAAGUACGGUAUGAUCUACAGCCCAUCGCUGUUCCUGUCGGUCAACAGUGAACGGAUAGCCGGGAUGGCGGGACAGAUCAAGAUGACGGACAAGAAGGGCAUCAAACAGUGGGACUACAAUCUCCAAUUUGAAACAAAACGAGUCCAGACGAAGGUCAUGGGAUACAUUCAACAGACACAGGCCUCGAUCACCAGCAAGCUGUCAAUGGAUUACAGAUUCAUCGACGGCAAACCGGAGCGGCUCACCCUCGGUGGCACCUUCGCCAACCGCAGUAACCGCGGUCGGACGGAGUACUCCGGCUCGUUUGAGCUACGCUCAACCGCUUAUCCGAACUUUGACUUCGCGUCGACGCUCAAGUUCCUCUCGGCGAUGGGUCACAUCGAGUGUAAGGUGGAGUACAACAACGCAGCCGACUUGAAGGAUCCGAACUAUACGACCACGCUGCGGUUGAUCUUCGCGCGCCACAUGAUGGCCGAAAUGGGCAGAACGACGGCGUCGGUUGAGCUUACACGGCCACGCUCGCGGAUGGACCUGAAGGCGAUGAUAAAACAUGAAAACAACAUGCGGAAGGGCACGGAGCACAACGUGUUGGUGAUGCUGCGGUACGCCAAGGAAAAGGAGGUGACGGCCGUGUUUUCCGUAUUUAUGCCACGAGGAAUCUUGUUUGCCAUCGAUACGGCUGCCAACAUUACCGUUCCCGGAUUUGAUUCGUGCACGUUCAACUUCAAAAUUAAGGAAAAGGCCAGAAAAGAGUACUAUUUCGACUUUGACGGCGUUUGGUUCUCGGGCCAUUCGAUCGUCGUGAACGGGUGGUACCAGGAUCGCAGCUCGUUCAUCAAGACGUACCACCACGCCAAGCUGGAGGCGCAAAGUCCCACGUUCGGGGACAUCACCUUGGACGUGAAGUAUCUGCGCGACGAGAUCGAGUACAAGCUGGAACUGCACGCGGAGUACGGGAAGCAACCGUACGGGCUGACGGUUCGCCACGUGCAAGAGUCCGAGGACGGUACCAAUAGCUAUGCUGGCUUCCAGUGGAGGGACAGUUUGUACUCGUUUUCAGCGGUUAUGAAAUCGGCGCCGAUCAAGGAGUUGGUGCUGGAACUGCACGUGGAUAAACUUCGUGAUAUCAGUGUCACGCUGAAGGGAUAUUCGACACUUUUGAAGCGAGAGGUGGGUGUGGAGAUCAAAUGGGACGCCAAUCGUGACCCGACGCAAAAGUUGGCAAUCUCCGGAGAGCUCAACACACCACAGUAUCGCGUCUACAACGGAAGAUUCCUUGUGUCCUAUCCAAAUCGUACUGUCAGCGGUGUAUUUGACCUGAAGGCGGUUGACCCGAACUACCUUGCGAACGCAAGGGUGUCCUGGAACACAACUGAGGCAAUCGAGCUUAAGCUGGACGCUGGGUCAGAGGAGGAAAUUCUGCGGAACAUGUGGUUGCUGUUCAAGCUGACGACUCCCUUCGAAGGUUGGCGCUAUAACGCACUAAACGGAGGAUUCUACUUCAAGGAUAACCUGCUGAAAACGAAUAUCUCCGCAAACUGGGCCGAGGAUCAAACGUUAGGCGUAGAGGUUUUAGGUUUUUAUCUGUCCAACGAUACGGACUUUAAUUGUGAGUUGAAGACCAAGCUGCACAGCUCGAUUCAGCACGUUCCCACGGUGAAGGUUCACUUGAAGCACAAGCUAGACAAUAAACGGGUGGACACUGUGGUCACCGUGAAUCAUACCGUAACCGACGAGCCUCCCCAAGUGUUCUCCGUUUGGUCCGGUUGGCAGUACGAUCAGGACGAAACGUACCGCAAUGUGUCCGGAUCGUUGGCGCUUGUGAGUCCGUUUGAGGGGUACAAAACGGGCGCGUUGUCCACCAAGUUUUCGCUGAGUGAAAGCCGUGAGCUACGAGGAGCGGCUGAUUUACAGCUGGACGAUGACAAGUACGAGCUGGUGCUUAAAGGUCACGUACGGAAUCUGGUUGAUAACAUGCUGACCGUCAACAUAACCUCUUCGAAUGAAAAGUUCCGAAACAUUAACGGACGCUUCGGAAUUAGCGAGAAAGAACGGCAUGCCGUUGCGGAGGUCAUUACACCGAAAAGCGCACUCGGAGUGGAAGUUCUGUUCGCCGUUGUUUCAGCGUACGACUUUGACAUCAAGUUUUACCUCGCGACACCAUUGAAGGAUCUUGAGCGGGUCAUCUUGAGGGGUAAAUUGAAACCCGAUAAUGUCGACUUCCGAGCUGGACUGAACAAUUUGAUCAUCGGAUUCGUUGGGAUGUGGCGCAAGGCUCAUCUGAAGGACUUUGAGUACUCGUACAAGGUGUUCACGCCACUUCCCAAGUUUGAGGAGAAUGGGCUGAUCUUGAAGUUGAUCGCGAAUACUGAGAAGAGUGAGUACAUCGAUCUAGAGUUCAGUGGCAAGUUCUCACAGUACAAGUUGGGAAUCAAGGCGGUUUCGGAGCCCAAGCCGCAGCUACUGCGGCAGCUCGGAGUUCAAAAGGCGUCGGAAUUGCUUGACGAGUUUUUGGAGGAAUCACCAACUGUUCAGGCUAGUGAGGAUGAAGAGGAAGAGGAGGAGGAGGAAGAAGAGGAAGAAGAAUCUCUAAAUCUGGUUGGUAAGAUUGAGCUUGACACGAUUGUAUGGCCGACGAUUACGGGCACACUGGAUCUGGAGGAAUACAAAUCCAAGUACUACGUUAGCGGAAAGGUCAGGUUACCUCAGGGGUACGUCGACAUCUACGAUCGCUUCUGGCUGGAAGACUUGAUGAACAUGAAGAACAACCUCAAGAUCAAAACGCCGUUCCCGUUCAUGAAGGAGUUACAGUCGGGCUUCGAGCUGAGGAUACCCUACCCGACGAACAAGUUCGUCGUGGGCUUCAACGUGCUCGUGCUGAACGACACGCAGUGGGUGAACACCGGGUUCCACAUCUACUACAACGUGUCGGUGGAUGAGUCGGAAACGAAAACCCACCACGCCAUUGUCAAUCUGAUGACCCCGAUGGAGAACCUCAAGAAGGUCCGACUGCACGGAGUGCUGGACGAGGAAGAGCACGGUUACAAAACGAAUCUGACGGCCAAGACCAUGACGACGGAGGCUUCCGUUGCGAUGGCUUUUGAGACUGAAGAUCAGUUCAUUGAAUCUUCGCUGACGAUCUGGGUGCGUGCCCCGUUGAUUCCGUAUUACGGCUGCAAGAUUUUCUACAAGCAAGAUCUUGCUGGCACAGAUAACUCCAUGGACAUGGGCUUCGUGGUACACGAUGGAGACAUCUUCAACAAUUUCCGCUUGGAUGGCGCAUGGUCCCGGGCAGAACCACACUUCUUAGUGGGCAAGGGACGCUACCAGUCCAACUUCCUACCGCUGCAAACGAUCGACACGGAGUUUGUCAUUACGCGAGAACCGUACCCGAAGGCGCAGUUCGAGAUGCGACUCAACGACAGUGAGGGAACGCUGGAGCUUAUUCGGGCGAAGGCUACGCGGAACCGAGAAAUGGUGGCGGUUGAGCUGAGUGUUCCACUGGAGAACUACCGGAACCUGUCGAUCUACGGGCGGCUGUUGAAAAAGCAAGGCGACGAGUAUUCGGUGGUGGGACAACUCUAUAGGAACGACGAAGUGUUCAACGUGGAAGGCGAUGCAACGAUCGUGAACGAUAUACCGAAGAACAUCGCACUGGCGAUCAAACCUUUAGGGGAGGGUGAUGAUGGAUCGUUGACGUACGAGUACACUACAGAUGAGGUGUCAACUAGUUUCAAAGCGAACAUUGAACGUGGAGGAAAGUUCGCCAACAUUGGGGGAAGUUUCAAAACGCUUGCACUGUCGAACUGGAACUUCAAUCUGGACGUCCAAUCAUCGGAAACGGAUGUCGGCAGUAUCGAUUGGAAGUUCGGUAUAGCUCCGUUGGAGAAUGGACUCGCGAUGGGAACGUUCAAGCUCAAGUCUCCUUGGGAUCGAUACGGCAUCAACGAAGCGGAUGUUAGCAUGCUCUUUGAUGUUCAUCCAAUUUCGGGUACUGUGACGGCAAACUACAGCAUUCCUUCCGUUUCCGGUGAUGCCAGUUGCCUGUGGAGUUGGCAUCUGUUGCAGAAUGUGCGAUUUGGACUGCACAAUCGCGUUCUGAGAGAUUCCACGGAACGGUUCUUCCAGAUCGGAGUGCGAUAUCUCAGUCCUGAUCUUGAGAGCAAUCACAACUUGACCUUUGGUGGUGACUUGAAUCUGAACAACGUUUGGGUUUUCAGCGCAAAUACUUCAGUUACGUUCAUAUCGAUAUCGGAUCUUUCGGGUGUCAUAAGAGUUCAGUUGCCCAAGCCAGUUGGUGAUGUUCACACCCUGGCGGCCAGCAUGAACGGUAACAUUCCGUUCCUUGAACCGGUUCGUACGCUGAACUUUGAGACAUCUUACGAAACGGAGGAAUCCCGGAAACGCUAUGCAUGGCACUCGGAGUACAGCUUCGUUCACGAUCUGCGUACUCUGGCGCGGUUUGACUGGGGACCCAAUGUGCGCUCGCAGCGCAUCCAGUCGAACCUGGACGUGUUCCAGGACGGUGAAAAGCGGGAAAUCACAAUUAAACUACGUGGGCCAUGGUAUAUGGAAGAUGCGUUCCGAUCGGUUGUCGUCUACAACUAUGCCGAUAACUUGUACCUCGUAAACGGAAACAUGUCAAUUCCAGCCUCACGAAAGGUCGCCGAGGCAAACGUAGCUUUCACGAACCUGUCCAACAUGAAAGGUAAUGUAAACUGUACGACUCCCUUCCUGAACAUAACCUGGCUGCACGGUCAGUUGGAGUUUAUCGAGAGUCCGCUGGAGUCGAUUCGAUUUUUGAAGGCAACGUGGCCGGAAUCGAGCGCGAUUUUCGAUGCCAAGACUACGUACAAGCUGCAUAACCUAAACCGCGAUCAGCAGGGUACGAUCAAGGUGGAGAUUCCCCUUCAGACGCGACACUUUGCAGAGGUCAAGUAUGGGUUGGCGGAGCGUCCAGCGAUUACGACAGGACACGCUGAAAUCGAUUACAACGAUCGUAAGGUGCUCAGCGGACAGUACACAUCCAAGCAGGAGUCUAAGGCCGGAUUUGAUAAGGAAACUGUUGAUGUAACCCUGGAGAAUGACUUUAAACCGAUCGGGGUUCAUUACGUUCAUACGACGAACUUGAUCCAAGGUAACUCGCAUGCCAUGGACACCAAGCGUGCCGAAGUGUUUGAGCUGCGCAAUCAAAAGCAGUUCAACAUCACUGGAGAGCUGCAAGUUACUACGAGGGACACCGGUAGAGAAUACGUCAUUACGGCGAUCCAUCCGAAUCGUACCGUGGUUCUAACCGCCGACUUUGACCAGGAAGAUAACAAGACGAAGCAAAAGUCCAAGUUGAAACUUUCACCGACUCGCUGGAUUGCCUACGACUUCCAUCUGACGAACAACUCGCAAGCGGACAACGACACCCAAAGUUUCAGGCUGGAGGUAUCGUAUCCCCAGCGGAAGCUGUCCGCUGAUGGGUGGUACUCCGUGACCGAGAACACCUUCGAUUCGGACAUUUCACUUCAGUACACGCCGAACAAGACUAGCGACGAUGAGGUCGUACAACCCCGUACGGUCCGAGGUGGGGUCAAGUGGGUUGACGAGUCGGAUAAUGACGUUACGAGACAGAAUUUGCUGGUACUUUUGGGUCAUCCUACGUUUGAACAGGACAUUACCCUGAAAGGAUCGUACUAUUCCGACGAAAAGGACCUGCUGAAGACCAACCUGGAUAUCCGGUACACCCACGCGGACAGUCAUCACCUGUCGGUGGGAUUCAACGCGAAGGAUCUUACCUCCACGGUCGGCUAUCGAAACUACUCUUAUUCUCUGUUUGGCUUGCACGAUGCGUCCAAUCUGGAUCUGGAGUCGGCCGGAUCCGUCGGUCUGCGGCUGGGUCUUUACGAGCUGAACUCCAACUCGCACUACAAGCGGGGCUAUCUUUCGCGCAUGGAAGGCUACGUAAUCAGCAAGCUGGACGUCAUGCAGAAGGAAGUCAUUGUAGAGAAAAUGACUUCGCAAAGCAGCUACCGCUUGUGGGGCAAAGCGUCCGGAGUUUAUCCAAUCUAUAUGGUCAACGGCAGUUUGCUGAACGGUCCCGAGCAGGAUUCGGCUGGUUUCUUCUUUAUCGACAUCGACGACAAGCUGGUACAGAUGAAGAUCAACAUAACGCCUGACGCCACCGAGAACGUGUACAUGUACGGCAUCAUUCCGGACUCGCGGAGUGCGUACUUUGACUUCUGGCGCGACUACGACACCUCGCGGGAGAUUGACGUGGCGUACUAUCUCAAGAUGAACCAUUCGCGGCUGGUCACCAGCAAGCUACACUGGCGUCCGGAGAUUCGCUCGGACUUGCGCAACUUGGCGCGCAACUACUUUACCUCGAUGCACAACUCUUUCACGGAAUCGUUGGAGUUUUGGGUGCGCCAGAUCUACCUCGAGUCGAAGGAUUCGGUGAACGGUGUUUGGGAUUCGGCUAAUCCGUUCUUGGAGGGCUUCCUCGAGGACGUUUCCGGGCUGAACGUGAUCCAAAGCGAUCUGGAAGAUUUGCGGCAGUUCUUGAACGCGUCGUACGUGGCGGAUGAUUUCUACAUUCGAUCGGUGAUCAACUUUACCGUCACGGUACUGGAUGAGUUGGCGAUCAAGAAUAAGAUCACUUCGCUGCCCAAGUUCCUGACCGAGUUCUGGCAGGUUAUGGGAGACUCGGGACAGGCGCUGAAAAAGUCGAUCACGUGGUUGCUGGAGACGAUCAAGCAGUCGUACCAGAAGGUGGUUGAUGUUAUUGGUCACAUACUGCAGGGAGAUUCGAUGAAGUAUUUGUCCGAGGUUUUGGAAAAUUCUGUGGCGAGAUAUGACAAGUUUAUAAAGGACUUGCAUCUUCAAUUUAUAAAGAACGUCCAAGAGCUCUGGAAGAAGCUAACCGAUGUGAUUACUUCGUACUGGCAACGGAUGCUGCAGAACAUCGAACCUUCGGUCAUCAAAUUGGCUCAUUACGCAGAAUCCGUAACUUGGCAUGUCGGAAAUGAAGUGUUUUCAUUCUUGUACAACAAAACGCAAGAAAUCGCGGAAUCUCCGUACUUCACAAAGGUGACCAACUUCACCCAGGAUUUGGACACGUUGUACAAAGAUUUGAUCCAAAACGACAUCAUCACCAACUUUAAAAAGUACGGCACAAUUGUAACCCAUUUCGUGCAGGACCGAUUCUUCCGGCUGGUUCCCUUUGGCCGUGAGAUGCACCAGGUUAUCACGGGGCUGUGGGAUGAGAUGAAGCAGCUGCAAAAGCUCAAGUACGUCCAGUUCAUAAUGCAGCGAGUGAACGAGGUUAAAGUCAAGGCCGAAUGGUUAGCGGAAGAGUUUCAACUGGAGAGACGACUUCACCAGCUGUGGAGGAUCCUGAGGAACAAGUUGACGAGGUACGCACAGACGGCGCUGCAGGCGGAGAAUCGGUACCGUGAGGCGAAGACCAAGUUCAUCUUCGAUCCCGAUCACGGGGUGCUGGAGAUGGAGCAGAAGCUGCCUAUGUCGUGGCAUGCGUUUAACGAGACGCCAAAGUUCGAGGAGGUUCCCGAGUACAAGUUUAUCACCGACAUCCAGGACUUCUUCGCGGGCAGCAAUACCACGAUUUGGACGCUGUACAAAGAGUUGAAGCCGUACACGGACUCGAAGAUGUGGCUGCCGCCGUUUAAGGCGAACUCGCUGUUGGUGGGAUCGAGACACUACAUGUCGUUCGACAAGCGGUUUAUUUCGAUUGAUCUGCAAGAUUUGCAGAAGGAUGGCGUCGCGAAUCAGUGCUCGUACGUGCUGGCGCAUGACUUUUACAAUCAGUCGUUUACGGUUCUGCUGGAACCUUCGGUUUUGGAAAAAAGUGGCAGACACUCACGAAAGAUAACUCUGAUCUUUGAGGACCAGCUCCUGGAGGUUGAUAUUCUGGAUGCUUCUGUGAGAAUCGGACGCAAUAUUACGACAGCUCUGCCAGCCCAAAUCGGAGAUACCGUAGUCUACCGCGAGACCGACGUCCUCACAAUCCAGUCCUUCAAGGGCUUCAAGCUGACCUGCAGUCUCCAGUACCACAUGUGCUCGUUCGAUCUAAGCGGUUGGUACUUUGGCAAGACGGCCGGUAUCCUGGGCACGAUGAACAACGAGGUGUACGACGAUUACAUGACGUCCGACCACCGGUACGCGUCCACAAAGGAGCAGUUCAUCAACAGCUGGAAGCUGCCAGAGUGUGACGGCGACGUCCAAUCGAUUAAUCACACCGUAAACUUCUACGCGGCAUCAAACGAGGUCAGUCAGCUGUGUGAGUCGUUCUACCGCCAGAAGCAUUCGUACUUUGCGUCGUGCUUCCCGAUCGUCGAUGCGACGCCGUUCUACGAAAUGUGCCUGGAUCUGGGACAAAACAUGGUCAACAAAACGGACGAUCCGUCGAACAAUGGGGCGUGCACGUCUGCCCUGGCGUACAUGGAGGCCUGCAGCUUGGAGGACAUGCCGCUGCGCGUUCCGGACUCUUGCAUUCAUUGCAAGCUCAUCAACGGCUCCUACGUCCCCGAGGGGGCCUUCGUACCGAUGAAGGAGGUCGACGAAAUUCCCCAAACAUCCGACGUGGUGUUCCUUGUGGAGGCGAAACUUUGCAACGAGAACAUAACCACUUCCAAGAGCAUCAAGGCGCUGAUCCAGUCCCUGCACAAGGAGCUGCAGGAGCUCAACAUCACAGAUAACCGCUACUCGGUGCUGACCUUCGGUGGAAUGUCCCCGUUCGACAGACCCCGCAGCAUCAUCGUGAACGAUAACGUCUUCGUGACGCACGAGUACAUCGAACCGUUCUUCAAUCACAUCGCCACGGCGGAAGGCUCCAACGACGACAUUUUCGAUGCCAUCAUAGUCGCUUCCAAGUUGGUCUUCCGACCGGGAGCCUCCAAAACCUUCAUCCUGCUACCCUGCUCGAAAUGUGCCAGCUCCAGCAUGAAGCUGGACUACUCGUCUCUGCUUCAGCUCCUCCUAGAAAACGGCAUCAAGCUGCACAUCCUCGCCGAUCACGACAUCGAGUUCGACAAAUCUCGCGUCUCGCGAAUGUUCUUCGGUAUGGAUCGCGACAAGGCGUACACAAAGAAGGACCUCAAGGACCUGGUCGGCGACAGCGAUCUGCGCAAACAGAUGCGACUGCCGAAGGCUACCCUGGGCAGCUGUGCCGCGCUGGCGCUCGAAACCAACGGAUCGGUGUUCAGCGGUCGCAAGCUGCGUCCCGAGCGGCGCAAUCCGACCAAGAAGUUCAUCACGGUGUUCACGAAGCGGGUCGCCAGUACGGCCAAGCCGAACUCGUGCCAGACGUGCGAGUGCACCGGCCACAACACGGGCGUUUCGUACAUGCUCUGUCUGCCGUGUACUUACCCGUCGGCGUUCAGCUUGGAUCACGAGCGCAUGAGCGAAGACGAGCUGCUUUCGGUGCUGCAGCCGGACCACGACUGGGACUGGGAGGAGGACGAUGAGCUGCUGUAGGUCGGGGUGGGGAGAAGGGUGAGACGGAUGACGAGGUCAAGAGCAUUGUAUUGACAUAAUCUAGUAAUAACAAAUAUAUAAUACCGACUGUGCGUACUUAGAGGACGCGGCCUUGAAGAGAGUAAGAAAAUUUUAAUUCCUAAUCGUCUGUUGUGAUCAACAAGUUAAAAACACUAAUAAACACAUUUUUAAAAAA